UGCUUGUGUUUGUUAUGCAAGAACAUUACGUUAAAUAUAAAGAAUAUUCUCAUGAAUAUUCAUGUGCUCGCAAAUGCGUCACAGCGGCCACGCCCCAUUUAAGGAAACCGGAAGUGCCAUGUUCGGACAGCAGAGAUUUAGCAGCUCGGUUGAAGAAGAAGACGGAGAAUUAGAAGAGGCGCUCGGAUUGGUCAUGUUGUAAUUUUCUCAACUUUAGGUUGCUGGGAACUUUUUAAAACAACCGAAAUUGAUUGUUUUGAACAGUUUUUGUUGAUAUCCGUGAGAAAAGAAAAGAAAAGAAAUGGACGGAGAGUGCGAGUUGUAAUGCUGUAACGUCACCCAGCAGAUUUGGUUUUUGUCCCGUCAACAGUUUUGUUUGUCGUAAUUCUGUCGUGGUUAUGUUGUUCAUGUUCUCGCGCACCGCUUCGUGAGCGUGUCGUAAACGAGUUUUAUUAUUGUUGUUGUUGUUAUUUUAUUAAUUCGGUGUCGCGAGUGAACCAUGAACGGGAAGUCAGCGAACGGUGCGGCGAGCGGAGCUCCGGCCUGUAUUGAGGGUCUGCCGCCGCUGCCGAAGAGCCUGAGCGGCCUGCUGAACUCGAGCGGCGGAUCGUGGAGGGAGAUCGAGAGGAUGCACGCAAAGAAGGCCAUGAUCCAGGACGACCUGAGGAGAGGAGCGGCUCCGGUGGACCGGGCUCUCGCCUCCAAACCGGCCAACCUGGACGCGGCGCUGGCUCUGCUCCGGAAAGAGAUGGUGGGUUUGCGGCAGCAGGACAUGUCCCUCCUAUGCCAGCUCUGGUCCCUGCACGAGUCCAUCCAGGAAUACAAGGGCAGCUGUCAGGAGGCCGGCCCGGGGACCGACGCCAUGGACAACGGCUUCUUCGACGAGGACGACGAGUUCUACACGGACUCCGGAGUCACGCCCACAGAGACGCCGGAGGAGAGCGAGGCAUCACCGGCACGCAACGGGACGUCCGAGGACACGUGGAUGCACGAGUCAUUCCGCAUCGCGCUAUGAGAAUCCGAAGCCUCUUCCUUCUUCGUCAAAAUAUCAAGGGGCGGAGCCUUGACGCUGCUUGGGGUUUUUUUUUGUUUGUUUGGGUUUUUUUUUUCAUUUCUUAAUCGCCAGCAGACUUUUUUUCUUUUUUAUAAACAUAUAAACCAAGAUUAUUUAUUAACUAUAUAAUACAGUAUAUAGCCAUUUUUCUGGACAUUUUAGAAUUUUAUAGGACUUUAUAUAUGAGGGGAAGGGGGCGGGGCAUAUCUAUAUAGUAUUCACAUUUAUGCUAAAAAUUGCGCGGCUCUUGUUUUUGCCAGCUGAAUUCUGAUCGUAGGCGAGUUUCAUGACGGCAGCGCCAUCGGAAAUCCAGCAAACCGGGUUUCGGAUCAAAUCUUUGGUCUUGAGGCGACGGGAAUAAAUCUAAUGCUGGAAAGAGGAACCGCGACCCACAUUCAUUCCAUGCAUCUAUCCGUUUAUCCGAUCCGUUUAAUCCGGGCUUUCAUCUGGUCGUUCGAGGACUCCGCGUCGGCUCGGCUCUGGGAUUUGAACUCGCGACCUCUGCUGCUUGGGUAACGCGUAUAUAUUUAAAUCCAGGUGUGCACGGCGCACGGUUCUCCUCCCACCCACCACGAGAAGCUCUUAGUUAGCAGACGAACUUCGAAACGAAUCAGCCAUUCGAUUCAGUAAAAAAAAAAAAAAGUGAUACAUUUACACAAUCUACCCACGAAUUCAUACACUUCUUAUUAUUAUCAUUUUUCUUUUUCUUUCCAGAAAUAUUCCAUGGGAAGACGCUAGAAAGUAGUACGCGAUCACGAUUAACGACACUUAUGCAUAUUAAUAAGGGUGCUAGCAUGAAGUCUUCCUGAGGUGUAAUUAUUAGCGCGUGACGCCUUAAUCACAUCGCUUACGUUAAUUACGUCCACGUGAUAGGAACGCGCAAACCAAAGACGAGCGUUUUACGUUCAUGACGCAGCACGUGUUCGAUGACGGUCCUUCGUAACGGAGCUGGGCGGUAAAUAGUUUCGACGCAAAUAACGAUUAUUCGACGGAAAACUAGGGAGAAUUUGGAUACGGACUUGCACAAGAUCAUAGUAUAGAAAUUCCCUUUUUUUAAAAAAAAAAAGAUUUUAAAAUUUAUUUCAAGACACUACACUCAACGACUAUUAAGGGUUAUUAUACAGAACCAAGAACUUGUGAACGUGAAAUAGUUUCUCGAUUAAAAAUGAAUCGCAGGACUGAAAACGAAUGCACGCGGGUUUCGACGACGCUGUUCGGACACUUUAAGAACAUAAAGCCGAGGGAAAAUCCCCGGAAAGAGGAACCCGCGCGCUAGACGAGGCUCGUACUGUUUAUUUAUGAAGGUGUACUUAGUCCCGCCUCUUCUCCGUGUUGAUUGGCUGCAAGGCUUUUAACCCCUAACCAACCCGACUGGUUUCCGUUCUAAUCGAAGUAAUCUGACUCGUCGAGUAACGUGGUUUUAUCGCCCAGCUCUUAUCAACAUAGUUUGUUUGUAUUGUCGACGUCCGUUCGAUUCGAUUCCGUUUAUAAUUUCCGUUCGGCGCCGCGCGAGGACGUGACGCCGGUCGUCCUCAAACAAGCCUCGAGCAGGCGUGUGCUGAUAAAAACGUUUUAAACCUGUCAUUACAUCGGUUUAUCGCCUUAGUUUACUUCCGACGUUGUUACAAUGUUGUUUAAGAUUCUAAUCGCUGUCCAUCAUGGUUUUAGCGCAUAGAAUUUACUAGAGUUUGUUUUAUUUCUUUUUUUUUUAUUUUAAAUAAAUAAUCACCGUGAAUUAAAAUAAAAAUGGUGCUAGUUUUUUAAUUAAACACACUUUACGGUAAUAAUAAGCCUAAAAUAUUAUAUUCGUACAGAUUUCAGUAAUUACAUGGCGGUUGGGUCGAAUCAGUUAUAGAAGCUAAAAGGAAAAAAAAAAUUAUUUAUUUUUUUUUAAACACAUGACGGUGGAAAAAGUAGCAUUAUUUGUUCCGUAAAUGAAUUUUUCCCCAUUUAUUAUAAUUUUUGUGAUUUGAUUUUUUUUUUUUUUUUUAAAGCUACACUGUUUGGAUCAUAUCCUCUAUAGAUGGUAUAAAUAAAUUAAUAAAUAAACAACUAGCAUCAUUUUCUAUUUUUUUCCCCCCCACGCAUAUAAUGUUUCAGAUUUAUUCAUUUUUCCUUUUUUUUUUUUUUUUUUUUUUCCUACAAUUACAAUUCGUUUAGAUCAUAUCCGCUAGAAGCCUGGAAAAAAAAUUCAACGAACAAAAUCACGGGAAGACGAAAAGCUAGCAUAAAUUAAAAAUAUAUAUAUAUAUAUAUGAAAGUAAACAAAUAAAAUCACAGAGAAGCUAGCAUAAAUUAAAAAAAUAUAUAAAAAGUAAACAAAUGAAA